CAGGUGCAGUGUUUCGUGCUAGCUUCCUCUCCUCUGGGUGGGAUCCAGCAGGAGGCAUGGCGGAGGAAGCGUCUGCGCCCGCAGCGGCGGCGGGGGAGGGGAAGAUGACCAUGGUGGUGGGGGUCGACGAGAGCGACCACAGCUACUACGCGCUGCAGUGGGCGCUCCAGCACUUCUUCCCGCCGGCCCCGCCGCAGCGGUACCGCCUCGUCGUCGUCGCCGCCAAGCCCAGCGCCGCGUCCGCCGUCGGCUUCGCCGGGCCAGGUGCGGCGAAUGUGCUGCCGUUCGUGGAGGCGGACCUGAAGCGCAGCUCCCUCCGCGUCAUCGACAAGGCCAAGGAGCUCUGCGCACAGGUGAGCGACGCCGUGUUUGAGGUGGUCGAAGGUGACGCGAGGAACGUGCUCUGCGAGGCGGUGGAGAGGCACCACGCCGAGAUGCUGGUCGUCGGCAGCCAUGGCUACGGAGCAAUUAAAAGGGCUGUUCUCGGAAGCGUGAGUGAUUAUUGUGCCCAUCAUGCGCACUGCACAGUGAUGAUAGUAAAGAAGCCAAAGAACAAGCAUUGAGACAUGCUACAGACUGACGAGUAUUCUUGUAUAUGUAUUGCCAAAUUGUGUAUGUGUAUGUUUGUGAAUAAAUGGAUCAUCGACAUCACAUCUCCGGUAACUUGUUCAGGUACCAGGCCCGACGUGGUCCUUCCACAUCUGGAUUGAGAAGUACAAAUAAUUGUUGUCUAGAACUUCAAAACAACGUGUUUAUGAUUCAUGCAAUUCAAUAUUUUUAUGUA